AUGUCAUCUUCCUCACAUGAAGUUAUCCUCACUAGCUCCGCUGAUGGCCCCAUCAUGGCCUAUGAGGCUUCCACCGGCGCCACCAUUGCCCAUUUCACCGGUAGCCGGUCACCGUGCCGUGGCCUCACCAUGGCAGGCCAGGGAUUCAUUGCAGCCUCCCAUGUGUUCUCAGACACAGGUUUAGGCUCAAUUCACAUCUACAACUGGUACACUUCAACUGUGUUCAACAAUUUCCCUGUCCCUGAACCUGUUGCUCCACUCAUUGCUACCUCUGAUGGUGACUUUCUCUUUGCUGGUGGGGUAUCAGGGACCAUUCAUUCUCUCUCACUUCAUUCUGGGGAUCUGAUCAAAUCAUUUUCUGCUCACUCAAAACCUAUAUCUACUCUCCAACUCAGUGAUGAUGGGUCACUAGUCAUUUCAGGCAGUGAUGAUGGGACAAUUGUUGUGAUGCCAACCUUUAGGCUUGUUGAGUCCUCCACCUCCUCAGUUGAAGAGGACCCAAAAGAAUUGAUCUUGUACAAGUGGAAGGCACAUUUUGAUUCAGUGACUGCUUUCAACUCUAGAAUAGGGCUGUGCAGCUCUUCAUUGGUUUCUUGCUCACUAGAUUGCACAUGUAAGUUUUGGUGUCUAUCAAGUGGAAUUAUCAUACAAACUGUGACAUUCCCUUGUGCCAUUUUUGGGAUUGCCAUGGAUUCAACAGAGUCAGGAUUCUAUGCUGCUGGUGCAGAUGGGUUGGUUUAUAAUGUAACAAUGAAGGUUGGGAGCAGAAAAGUGGUUGGCAAAUCCUAUGAGUUGAUGACUUGGCCUCAGAGCCAUGGUGGGGCAAUUGUAUCUUUGGUUUUGGUGAAUGAAGGGAAGAAUUUGGUGUCAGCUGGAGAAGAUGGGAGUGUUUGGAUGUGGGAUGUUGAGAAUGGAGAAGUUACUAUGGUUAUGGGUAAUAAUGACAUGGGAAUUAGUAUCAGUGAUAUGAUAGUGGCAAGAGGUACUAAUGUGUAUGGAGUUAGAAAGCACAAUGCAGCUGGUGAAGCCAGUGACUUCAAUUCUUUAGGGAUAUAUGAUGAAGAGAUGAUUAAGACUAUGAAGCAAAUCACGGAGCUUGGGAACGUGACAAAUGUGGUAGCUCAAGACAAGACAAAAGCCAUUGACAUGCUAGGAUCUGCAAUUGCAAUGUAUGAGAGGCUCUUGAAGCUUAUCCUUAAGGAAGCUACCAAAGCCAUUGAAGAGGCGGAAGAGGAAGAGAAAGAAGAUGAGAAGGAAGACAAGUAA